CAGAAAGUGUAAAACAAAACAGGAUGUUCAAACUUCCUGAGUCAAGCUUUACAAGAACUUUGAAAGCUUUACCAGAAUUUUGAAGGCACAUAUCAAGAUGGGUUGCAUUUUAUUUUGGGGCGCAAUUUUGUGGAUGUAUUCAUCUGAAACAAAAGGGCUCCAACAUGUGUUUGUACUGCACGGAAAGGACUUACACUUGGAUGUAGAGAAACCUGUUAAACUUGACAAAAAGACUGACUUUUUCUGGAAGUUUAAUACCAAUAAUUAUGUUGGUAAAAUCAGUUAUAAUAAAGAGUCAGUAUUGUUUGACAGCUAUGAAGUAAGAGCUGAUUUUUUUGGCCAAAAUUACUCUUUGGUAUUGAAAAAUGUAAAACACAAUGACAGUGGAGAUUAUACUGCAGUAGUGACUGGGGGAAAAGAGCAAAGGGUAGGUGAAAUCAAGGUCAUAGUCCAAGAUCCAGUGUCUCCAGUUAAUCUGACAUUGACCUCCAGCAGCUCAGACUCCUGUAACCUGACUGUAACCUGCACUAUAGUGGACCUGAACAUCAGCCGUACUUUUAGAUGUGAUGCUCACAACUGCUCUCUGUUGGAAGAAAAUCCCAGCACCACAGACAUGCUUUCCUCUCUGAUUGUUUACCUGCAGCAAGAUACUGUCUUUUGUAAUCAUAGCAAUGAAGUAAGCUGGAAAAAUAGCAUGAUGGUGCUAAAAUCUCAAUGUGACACGAAGUCAGGCCACAUAGAUGCCAACAAUACCACUGUGACUGUGUGUGUUGUUGUUGCUGCCAUCAUCAUUAUCCUUGUUAUAGGUUAUAUUCAUCAUCGAACGAAACAUAAAAAUACCAGGGAAACCAUUGAAAACACAGUGUAUGCAGUUCCUGAGGUUAUCCGAACAACACCACCCAUGGAACAGAGUCCAAUCAGUGAUACUUCUCCAACAUCCACCUAUAGCUUUGUGAGACCUCACUCUGGACCCAACAGAUCCACUGAGGCCAGAAGCAAAGCUUUGCCCGAGAGCUUGUAUGCCCAGGUAGAAAUUCAUCUCAGAUCCUAAAAUCUCUUCAGAAAGCUUGAAACCUGGAUCCCCCGUAGCCGGUUACCAAGAUUACGUGAAGUACCCUCAGAAGGUCUACUCGAUGAUGUUAAUGCAGCACUAUGGAUGAUACCUACAGCCACGCUUACCGAGACUAACAAGCUGAUCUACAAUACGGCAGCAGUGAUCAGUGAGAUGCUUGUGAGACUGCUUUGAACAGCACACGAAGGACCUUCAUCUGGUGGUUCUUCUUCUCCUUUAGUUUGCACCGAAACACUUUCCCUCUGCUUGGAGUGGAUAUAUAAGAUUGUGGGGUGUUUCUGAUUACAGACCUUACGUUUCUAUGGAGAACCACAAGAGUCACACGCAUCGAAAUAAAGAAUUCUGUGCUUAAAUAAUGAAUUGUAGAAUGAAUUCUGCAUUUGUAAAUUCAUUUUUUGAAUUCCAGUUUAAUAAACUGAUUUUCAAAAAUGCUUUUUAAAAACUUCAUUUCAAAAACUUUUUUUGAAUUCCAAUUUAAUAAAGUGAUUUUCUAAAUGCUUUUUAAAAUGGCGAUUCCACUCCUCAUUUCAAAAUCCAUUUCCCUUUCCUGUUCGCUCAGGAAGUUCUGCAUGUGUGUCCAUGUCAUGUCAUUCUUUGGAGAGACAAAGUGUGAAAUGGAUACACUGGACCAGCAUGUCUAUUAUGCCUUUAUGCAUUCAUAGUUCUUAAAAACUCCAUCUUAUCAUCUCUUGUAUUACCUGCAUGGGUUGAUCAUUAUUUACACUGGGCCCAAUAGUUCCGAUUAACCACUAGCCAAUCAGAAUGCUUAGCAGUCCCCCUGCCUCUAUAAUCAAGAGCUCAGUCUGAUGAUAUAGUUGCAGAACAUAAAUCUGAGGGACUAUAAGCGAACUAAUGUUGCAUUCAUAGAAAGUACAUUUGUUUUGUGAAAACUCUGUUUCAUAUUUUAUGUUCUGAGUUAAUUAGAUCAGGAAAGCGGAGCCAUGCUUGACACCGUGUUAUUACUGCCAAUGUAAGAACAAACUACUUUGUUACAGGUAACAGGUAACAACAGAGUCUGUUAGCACUGCUUCACUAUUUCAGCUAGUAAGUUUAUUGUCAUUGGGGAGAGCUUAUGAUUUAUAAUAAUAUAUACCAGUUUUACUGCCAACACCUAUAUGUAAAACCUAAAAACACAUGUCAGAGGAUAACUGGGUGAUUUUGAGUCGAGUAUAGUGCAAUGUUGAUGUUAAAAUGAUAAAUUUUUUUGGGUGUAAAUAUGAUUCUGUCUUCAUUAUCCCAUAUAUGACUGUGUUCCUGUGAUUUUGACCCUGUAUGUCUGCUUCCUGCCUUACAGUAGGUGUGGCCUUUUUUUGUGUAGCUGACUCUUCUCUGCAAUUAGUGAGCUGUGCAUUGUGGCUGCUUACUCCUGCUUUGUGAAGAGGAGCGUAUGUUGGUGAUUUAACAUCACUUUUAUGUUUAGUAGUCAACUCUUGUCCUCCUGAAAUACAAAGGGACCCCAAAUCUUCUCAAAGUGAGCUGCAAUCCACUAAAGAAAACCAUGGAAGUCCAAAUCCUUCUCAGAAUUAUAAGACAAUAUGGCAAUGCUGAUGAUGAGCAGAGAUGGAGCUGAAUCCAAGUCCACUUUGUAAGUCCACCUUCUGGGCAGCCAUCAAUCCCUCUGGUGUCUCUGCUGGAAUUGUCAGGCGCAGUGGCCCGUGGACAUGGGAUGGACUCAAAUGCAGAUUCAAAACCGGAGGCCAGGGGUGAGGUGUAACGAAAAGAGACUUUAUUUUACAAUGCUCAGAGGCUAACAGAAAGUGCAGACUAGAAUCAAUGAACAUAAACUAGAUGUCUGAGGCGAGAGAAAAAUACUGUGGUGAUAACUAAAUGGCAGGGAUAACUGGGUGCAGGUACUGGGCAGGGGAAACUGUGGCGGGCCAGGGCACUGAAACAGAGGACAGAGCAGUCAGGGGAAUCCCACAGAGGUUUGCGAGUGAAUCUAAGGAUAGUACACUGAGCUGUCUUACAAGCUUGCAGGUGGGGGUUGCGUGGAGGGGGGAGGCAGGAGAGGUCCAGGUGGGUGCUGCAUGCAAUGCAGGGAGGCAGGCAGCAAACUGGUAUCCAGGGGAGCUUGGUAGGUGGGUUUCAGAGGCUGACGAGAAAAACAGAGAUUCGGUUAAUACACACGAUUAGUCACCAAGGAACGGACGUGAGGCCGAGAACUGACUAAAGUUGGCAGAUAAUCUGGCGAAGACCAUUUGAGUGCGCCGGUCAUAAAUACUGCUGGUACGAUUGCCAUCAGGUGAGGAGCAAUAAA